GCAGCGCUUCCGCUUCCCGCCGGUGCGGCGGCCAAGGGGCUCCGCUUCCCUUCCCCUGCUUCCCCUCAGGGCGGCCAUGGCCAGCUACACCAAGGCGGCCCAGCAAUGGGCUACUUUUGCCAGAGCCUGGUAUCUUCUCGAUGCGAAGAUGCAGCCACCAGGAAAAAUUGCAGCUGCGACUGUAAUCAGACUUGAAGGCAGGCACAAACCUAUUUAUCAUGCACUAAGUGACUGUGGAGAUCAUGUUGUCAUAAUAAAUACAAGACAUAUUGCUUUCUCUGGUAACAAAUGGGAACAGAAAGUAUAUUCUUCACACACUGGCUAUCCUGGUGGUUUCAAACAAGUGACAGCCACUCAGCUGCAUCUGAAGGAUCCAACUGCUAUUGUUAAACUGGCUGUUUAUGGAAUGCUUCCAAAAAACCUUCAGAGAAGAACUAUGAUGCAGAGGCUGCACCUUUUCCCAGAAGAUGUUAUUCCAGAAGAUAUCCAGAAGAAUCUUCUACAAGAGAUUCCUCAGCCACGUGAAGUCCCCAGGAGGUUAGAUGAAUAUACACCGGAAGAAAUUGCUGCCUUUCCAAAAGUUUGGACUCCACCUAAAGAUUUUCGAAGGAAAUAACAACAGUAAAGGAAGAAAAACGGCCAUCAGGAAUGACUCUCCUCCUUGGAAAAAAAAGUCAUCUAACGUGGAGGCAUCUGUGCAUCUCUUUCAACUCUUCUAUACAGAGUGCUUUUGGCAAGUGUUAGCAAACUUUAUUUGGAAAGAUUGUUAAAAUUAAUGUAUUUGAAACAGCCAAGAAUAGAUAUUAUAUUGUUAAUACCACCAGUACUCUGUGUUGUACGAUCUGGUAUUUGCUAAUUACAUUUGUUUUAAUACUAUUAUUAAAGAAUUGAUAUAUUUUUAAGGAA